CCCCCCCUCUUUUUUUUUUUUUUUCAAAUCCGUCGACAAAUACGCAGUCGAUCAAAUUCACUGGGAAUGUUCGAGAGCAAGAUCAUGACGAACCAAUGAAGGCGGUUCGUCUUCUGACCCAAGUCAAGAAACCCAGUAGUUCAUCACUCUUUGUGCGAAGCCUCGCCCCAUUCUGUUCAUCUUCGGCCACGAACCCUAGGUUUCGAAACUCAUUCUCCGGCGAAGCCGACAGCGGUUGCACAGUCUAUCAGCACGUCCUAAAGUUCCAACGUCCGACGACCAUCGGUUGGCAGCAAGUUGCGAAGAACAACUCCGCUAGCUUUAUUGGCACGGUGCUUCUUCCCCUCGAUGUGAUAAAAAGCAACAACAGUAAAUUCGGCGUUCAUACGUUGCUUGACGUUAGGACCUCCCCUCAAUUGAGCCACGGCUUUAGGAUUCAAGUGCAUAUGUGGAAUGAAUUGGCGGAAUUAUGUGUCCAACAUCUAAAACCGAAUGAUUUUAUUUAUGUCUCAGGGCGGAUAGGCUCUUAUGCAAAGGUCGAUCGAAAGGGGAAUCUCAGAAUAUAUUACAGAGUAACAGCAGAAGAGUUGAAUUAUGUAAGGCAGACACAUGAUUUAACCUGCCAAAAGGGUUUUGAACCGCAAUCUGUUGAAACUGGUGUGGAGAAAUAUAGAGCACGUCUAAACUUGUGGCAAGUGUUCUUCACCAACCCACAUGAAUGGUGGGAUAACAGGAAAGAUAAAGUAAAUCCAAAGCUUCCUGAUUUUAAGCAUAAGGACACUGGUGAAGCUCUCUGGCAAAAACCAGAUGAUCCUCCAUGGAUUAAGAAACAACUGCAAUUGCUCGACUCAAAAAUGGCAGAACAAGGCCAAGUAAUACGUCAUGGAUCCCGCAUCUCGAAGUGGGAGUAUGAUGAAUAGAGAUUCAGGGACAAGCAUUUAGUAAGCCUUGUUGCAGGAAAUGGCAUUUUCCUUUGCUUCUACUGCAUGUUUCAUAAGGCAACUUAGCUUUGUACGGGAUCUUUUUAUCUUUUUCAGAAUGAUCAGCUUGAAGGACAAAUGGUACGAGAAGUUUAUUAUGAGAGUUGAUUUAAGCUUUAAUAAGCUCUAGGCCAAGAAUCAGAGCCACUGAAAUACAGAAAUUGUUGACCACCAUUCUGGGUAUUUAGAUCUUUGUACAGCAGUCCCCAGGUUUUAUUGUUGCCACUUGUAAACUAAAUAUCGAAAUAUAGAAACUGUGCAUUAUUACC